AUGAGCGGAGUUGAGAAUGUUACCUUAGAAAUGGCUGCUGACGAUCACAGCCUGUUCUAUUAUGUUCAGUCUCUUGUCGGAGCAAUUGACUGGGGGACGAAAUGCGAGCGCAGCCGUCGUGUAUGGGAACCAACAUACACUUUGAUUUACGAGGAUGCAUCCCUACCGUACGUGACCAAGUUCAGCCAGAUAAGCUCGGAUUACAGCAAAGUGCCACCAGCGGUCAAUGAAUGUUUGGAAGUCAUCGGUUUGCUUUCACGUAUUGGAGAAAGAUUCCCUGAUGCUCAAUUGUCUCCACAGGUCUUCAUCAGCGAUAAGCUUACCCAGAAGCUUACACAGGAGCUUUCCGAUGCUUUGGUAGUUGCAGCUAGAGCGAUGCCAGAUUGGUGUGAACGCCUCAUCUACACAUAUCCAUGUCUCUUUUCGGCAGAAACCAAGAACAUGUACAUGCAAGCCACUGCAUUUGGGGUGUCGCGCACAAUUGUAUGGCUGCAAUCUCGCCGCGAUGCUGCUCUUGACAGAGCCCGUGGUGCCGCUCAAAGCGCUACUAGCAGUGCUAGCAGGCCGCACGAUCGUUACCAAGAAUAUCGCGUUGGUCGCUUAAAGCAUGAGCGGAUAAAGGUGACUCGCUCCGAAGAACAUCUUCUUGAGCAAGCAAUUCGUGUUAUGAAAUUCCAUGCUGAUCGCAAGGCAGUUCUAGAGAUUGAGUACGUUGGCGAAGAAGGAACUGGUUUGGGACCAACCCUGGACUUCUAUGUCCGUCGUGCUGGCGGUCUUUUCCCUGCUCCUCUCCCACCUCAUACUGAUGAAGUGCGUAGAGCUUCAGAGAUGUUCCGAGUUCUUGGCAUAUUCAUGGCUAAAGUGUUACAAGAUGGAAGACUGGUUGAUUUGCCUUUGGCGCGGCCAUUCCUAAAGCUCAUUGUAUCUCCACAUCUUAGUGAGGCAGAGGAACCAUCUUUGGACCGCAUUCUGUCUUUGGAUGAUUUUGAGGAAGUUCAUCCGGUAAAAGGUGGUUUCCUCAAAGAACUACGAGCACUAGCACAAAGAAAGCGUGCCAUCGAGAAUGAACCAAUGUUGGACCGGGAAGCGAAGAGGCGAAAGAUUGAUGAGCUGAAAUUAUGCAUUCAUGGGACGCGCUGCCGCGUUGAGGACUUGGCUCUCAAUUUCACUGUUAAUCCUCCUUCUUCUGUGUUUGAUUAUGAAGAAAUGGAGUUAGUCGAAGGAGGAGCAGACAUGGACGUUACAAUGGACAACGUUGAGCUCUAUGUUCAAAAAUGUGCUGACUUCUAUUUGAAUACGGGAAUAGUAAAUCAGAUGCGCGCAUUCCGUGACGGAUUUGAUCGAGUUUUCGGACUGCGGGCUCUUCGCUCAUAUAGCCCGGAGGAGGUUCAGCGAUUGCUUUCCGGCGAACAAUGUCCUGAGUGGACACGUGAGGAUGUGCUCAACUAUACCGAACCAAAACUUGGUUAUACCAAAGAUUCGCCUGGCUUCCUUCGCUUUGUUGACGUAAUGGUUGAA